AUGGUUCACCAGCCUGGUUCACACUACUGCCAAAGUUGUGCUUAUAGCAAGGGCAUAUGUGCGAUGUGCGGAAAGAAAAUUCUCAUGACUAAAGACUACAAACAAAGCAGUGUAUAA